AUGGAUAAGCUCAAAACCUGGGUCGUCCCGAUCGUCCAUUUUCACUCGCCGUCGGCACACGCCGACGCGUCGUCCUCGCGCGCGCGGGAGCGGUCGCGCGUCAUGCUCCCGUCGUCAUCGCUCGCCACCGCGCGCGCCGCGCGCGUCGUCGUCGUUCGCGAGCGCGCGCUCGGGCGCUCGAGCGCCUCGCGUGCGUCGGUGGUGAAUCAAAGAGGUCGAGCGACGACGACGCGGACGAGCGUGCGCGCGAGCGCGUCCUUCUCCACCGCGGGGGCGCGGAUUUCUGGCACGGGGAAGGCUUUGCCGGAGAAGUACCUGACGAACGACGACCUGUCGAGGCUGGUGGAGACGAAUGACGAGUGGAUUACGGCUCGGACGGGCAUACGGAAGCGACACGUGAUAAGCGGCGAUGAAACCCUGACGUCGCUGUGCGCGAAGGCGGCGAUGCAGGCGCUGGAUAGGGCGAACGUGAAGGCGGAGGAUGUGGACCUGAUCAUACUGGCGACGUCGAGUCCGGAUGAUAUCUUUGGAAGCGCGUGCACGGUGCAGGCAGCGAUUGGGGCGAAAAAGGCGCUCGCGUUCGAUCUCACGGCGGCGUGCAGUGGAUUCGUGAUUGGGUUGGUGAACGGCGCGCAAUACAUCCGCGCGGGGGGGUUUAAAAACGUGCUCGUGAUCGGGGGCGACGUAUUGAGCCGGUACGUGGACUGGCGCGAUCGAGGGACGUGUAUUUUAUUCGGAGACGGCGCUGGGGCGGUGGUGUUGACGGCGACCGACGCGGACGCAUGUUCGCUCAAGGGAUUCGAUAUGCACUCCGACGGGAGUCAAAACCAUCACUUGAUAGCACAAUACAUGGGGGAGAAGGGUAAGCCCAUGAGCGAGGGCGCGUCGAGCUCGGCGUCGUUUUGCAACAUCUCCAUGAACGGGCAAGACGUCUUCAAGUUUGCCGUGCGAACGGUCCCGAUGACGGUGAACAAAUCCCUCGAAGCCGCGGGCAUGUCCGCCGAAGAUAUCGAUAAGUUAGUCUUACACCAAGCCAAUCAGCGCAUCAUCGACAGUGCUGCGCAGCGAUUUGGCUUGACUGAAGACAAGGUAGUUAGCAACAUUGCCGAGUAUGGCAACACCUCCGCCGGCUCUGUGCCCAUCGCGCUCUGCGAAGCUGUUGAGCAGGGCGCCAUCAAGACCGACGAUGUUAUCGCCUUCGCCGGUUUCGGCGCCGGUCUCACCUGGGCCAGCUGCAUCUGGAAGUUUUAA